CAGAGCCCCAGCUAGCGAGCUAGUGCAGGUGCAGGGUCCCCCUCCCUGGCUCCCUCCUCACUACCAACCGCUUGCUCUCUCCUUGGGUUCCACUCCUUCGGAGCUUGUUGCUGCAGCUGUGAGUCCCGUGCGCCUCUCCAUCUCCCCGCCCCUCCGCCGCUGCCGCCUGGGGCUUCCCGAUUCCCCACUGCGCCUUGCCUGCCCCGGAUUUCACUGUCCGCCGCCGGCCGGGCGGCUUUCCUCUGAGCGCCGGCCGCGGCGGCGGCCGGGCAUCUGGCUUUGCUGGGGUUCUUGAGCUCGUCCGCGCAACGCCUUAACUAACCCUGGCUGGGGUUUGGGUUCUUGUCCCGGAGCUCUCGUUUGUUUGAAUUCUUGAAGGUUGAGGGAGUGAAAAAGGGCCCGGAUUUCGAGGAGUUCUUGGUUCCGUGCUUGUCUCGGGGAAGGGGAAUCUUGCGUUCGUGGAGGUUUUGUUUUGUUUUUUUUGCGAGGGUUCGUGGAGGGUUUUUAUAUCUAUGAGGAGGGGUGAUUUUCUUUGGUUGAUUUUUUUUAUUCUGCGCGGUUCUUGAGGAGCUCGGGCGGAGUUGAGAACCCGGUAAAGUUUGAAUUUUUGGGCGGUAAAAGCUCCGGGGCCUGGGCGGAAAUGGCUUCCAUGGCCGGGGCGCCGAGGGUCCGGUCCCUCAACAUCGCGGCGCCGGAGGUGGAGGCGAGGCCGGUGCUGGUGCCGGGGGGCAACAAGGCCAGGUCGGGCCCGGCGAACGCCCGGAAACCGUCGCCGAAGCCGCUGCGGAAGGCGGAGCCGGCGGCGGCGGGGACGCCGGAGAAGCCGGCGGCCACCGCGGUCAAGGAGGAGGAGGGCGCCAAGAGGAAUGCCGUCGGUGGGGGCGGAGCUGGCGCGCCCAAGGGUGCGUCCCCUGUGCCUUCGCCGCGGCGCACGCCGCCGGGGCCGCCGCCGAGGAGGAACGACGCGCCGCCGCUGCAGCCGAGCUUACCGCUCAGCGCGCCUUGCUCCUCGGACGCCUCCGCGGAGUCGGUCCGCGCCCGGGCUUUCGCUGGGAAGGUGGAGAAGGGCCGGUCUUGGACGAAGGCUGUGCCCAAGCAAGGGAAGGCUGUGGGUAAGGUGGCGGAGAACAAGUCGGCCGCUGUGGAUUUUGUUGCUCCGGUGACGCCAGAGGCUGGGGAAGGGAAGAGGAGGUGCGCUUGGGCGACUCCAACCACCGAUCCUUGCUAUGUCACUUUUCAUGAUGAGGAAUGGGGGGUUCCCGUACACAAUGACAGGAGAUUGUUUGAGCUACUUGUACUAUCUUGUGCAUUGGCUGAGCUUACAUGGCCUGAAAUUCUCAAGAGGAGACAACUUUUUAGGGACAUUUUCAUGGAUUUUGACCCUGCUGCUGUCUCUAAAAUAAAUGAGAAGAAGCUUGUGGCACCUGGCAGUGUUGCUCAUUCUCUUUUGUCAGAGCAAAAGCUCCGAGCUGUCCUUGAGAUUGCUCGCCAGAUAAUAAAGAUUGUUGAUGAAUUUGGAUCCUUUGAUCAAUACUGCUGGGGUUUUCUAAACCACAAGCCUAUAGUAAGCAAGUUUCGCUAUCAAAGGCAAGUUCCUGUGAAGAGUCCCAAGGCGGAUAUAAUCAGCAAAGACAUGAUGCGAAGGGGAUUCCGUAGUGUGGGCCCAACGGUCAUAUAUUCCUUCAUGCAGGCUGCAGGGCUAACAAAUGAUCACCUGGUCAGUUGCUUCCGGUUUGAAGAAUGCAAUGCCACUCCAACUCUUUGCACAAUUGGCAUCGACAGGGUAAACAUGAAGGCAGAUCUGAAAAAAGAUGAGAUGGCAACGAAGAUUCGUUGUGAGGAGAUUGCCACUAAUGCAGAGAUGCCAAGGACGAUCGAUGCACUUAUCGUUUCAUAGCACAAUGUAGAAAUUGGAAUAGCAGCGUGGCUACUGAACUUGUGUUAUCUUUAUGUAGACAGUGCUAGUUAUCCCUGAAUUCAGUAGGAAUCAAAAUGCUUGUGUAAAAAUCAUUUCUGUUGGUAAUGCUACUCUAUUGUACAUCUAAUGGUUAGCAAAGCAAGGAUGGUGACCUUUUUAUUACUGAUCCAGAAACUGAGAAAUUGUCACCGUGAAUCAUUCAGCAGUUUUAUCCA